GCGGCCUGGCCUGGACGGGGCGGGGGAGGCCAUGGCCUCGGCCGAGUUGCAGGGGAAGUACCAGAAGCUGGCUCAGGAGUACUCGAAGCUUCGAGCUCAGAAUCAGGUCCUGAAAAAAGGUGUUGUGGAAGAACAAGCAAAUUCUGCUGCUUUAAAGGAACAACUGAAAAUGAAGGAUCAGUCAUUAAGAAAACUGCAACAGGAAAUGGACAGUUUGACAUUUCGAAAUCUACAGCUUGCUAAAAGAGUAGAACUUCUUCAAGAUGAACUGGCUCUAAGUGAACCCCGGGGCAAGAAAAACAAGAAAAGUGGAGAAUCUUCCUCUCAGUUGAGUCAAGAGCAGAAGAGUGUCUUUGAUGAAGAUCUACAAAAGAAGAUAGAAGAGAAUGAACGGUUGCAUAUACAAUUUUUUGAAGCUGAUGAGCAGCACAAGCAUGUGGAAGCAGAGCUGAGGAGUCGGCUGGCCGUGCUGGAGACGGAAGCGUCUCAGCACCAAGCUGUGGUUGAUGGCCUCACACGGAAGUACAUGGAAACCAUUGAGAAACUUCAGAAUGAUAAGGCUAAACUAGAGGUAAAAUCUCAGUCUCUAGAAAAGGAAGCCAAGGAAUGUCGACUUCGAACGGAAGAAUGCCAAUUACAGUUAAAGAAUCUCCAUGAAGAUUUGUCGGGUAGAUUAGAGGAAUCCUUAUCAAUCAUCAAUGAAAAAGUACCUUUUAAUGAUACAAAAUAUAGUCAGUAUAAUGCUCUAAACGUUCCACUCCACAAUAGGAGACAUCAGCUGAAGAUGAGGGAUAUUGCUGGGCAGGCCCUAGCUUUUGUUCAAGAUCUUGUGACAGCUCUUCUGAACUUUCACACCUAUACAGAACAGAGGAUUCAGAUUUUUCCUGUUGAUUCUGCCAUCGACACUAUAUCUCCAUUGAAUCAGAAGUUCUCACAGUACCUUCAUGAAAAUGCGUCUUAUGUCCGCCCUCUUGAGGAAGGAAUGCUUCAUUUAUUUGAAAGUAUUACUGAGGAUACUGUGACUGUCCUGGAGACAACUGUGAAAUUGAAAACUUUUUCAGAGCAUUUAACCUCCUACAUAUGUUUUCUUAGGAAGAUUCUUCCUUAUCAGUUGAAAAGUUUAGAAGAAGAAUGUGAAUCUUCUCUCUGCACGUCUGCGUUACGAGCCAGGAAUGUAGAGCUGUCCCAGGACAUGAAAAAGUUGACGGCAGUGUUUGAGAAGCUGCAGACUUACGUGGCUCUGCUUGCCUUGCCAAGUACAGAGCCAGAUGGACUCCUCCGAACAAACUAUAGUUCUGUCUUAACAAUUGUUGGUGCCGCUCUACAUGGGUUUCAUGAUGUUAUGAAAGAUAUUUCCAAACAUUAUAAUCAAAAAGCUACAAUAGAGCAUGAACUUCCAACAGCAACACAAAAGCUAAUAACAACUAAUGACUGUAUCCUGUCAUCAGUAGUGGCAUUAACAAAUGGAGCAGGAAAGAUUGCAUCUUUCUUCAGCAACAAUGUGGACUACUUCAUUGCUUCACUGAGCUACGGGCCUAAGGCAGCGAGUGGAUUCAUUAGUCCUCUUUCAGCCGAAUGCAUGCUACAGUAUAAGAAAAAAGCUGCUGCCUAUAUGAAGUCUUUGAGAAAGCCGCUCGUGGAGUCUGUGCCUUAUGAGGAAGCACUGGCAAACCGCCGGAUCCUUCUCAGCUCUACUGAAAGUCGAGAAGGCCUAGCACAACAGGUUCAACAGAGUUUGGAAAAGAUUUCUAAACUGGAGCAGGAAAAAGAACAUUGGAUGUUGGAAGCACAAUUAGCCAAAAUCAAGCUAGAGAAAGAAAACCAACGAAUUGCAGAUAAGCUGAAGAGUUCAAGUAGUGGGCAGUCAGUUGGGCUCUCCCAGGAAAAUGCUGCCGUAUCGAAUGCUGCUGGUCAGGAUGAAGCCACAGCAAAGUCUGCAUCAGAGCCUGUUCAGAGCACGAGUCUGAUUGGGAUUUUAACCAGGACAUCUGACAGUGAGGGUCCAGAUGUGGAAUCUCGUGAAGACUUAAUUAAGAGUCACUACAUGGCAAGGAUAGUGGAGCUUACGUCUCAGUUGCAACUGGCUGACAGUAAGUCAGUGCAUUUUUAUGCUGAGUGCCGAGCACUCUCUAAAAGACUGGCCUUGGCGGAAAAGUCUAAGGAGGCAUUGACGGAAGAAACGAAACUUGCCAGUCAAAACAUCAGCAGGCUUCAGGAUGAGCUGACAACUACCAAGAGGAGUUAUGAGGAUCAGUUAAGCAUGAUGAGUGACCACUUGUGCAGCAUGAACGAGACACUGUCUAAACAGAGAGAAGAGAUUGACACGCUAAAGAUGUCCAGUAAGGGGAAUUCUAAAAAGAACAAGAGCCGAUAGUGUUCCAGUAGCUGGUCGGUUACUGUUCUUUCCAGAGCUGCUCUUGCAUGCAGCAGGGCUGAGACCACGUCCAUGCUGGCCGCCUUCCGGAAGCUGAAGUGUUGUUGGACCUAGCAAGCUAGUCUUGUUGGACAUGGCCUUGAAACAUCUAAUACAUAUUUGUAACCAGUAAGGCAAAUACAGAAGUUGAUGUUGGCAGUAAAUGGAAAACAAUACAUAUACCAUGGAUAUUGUAGGUUUCCUUAUGCUGUUUUUACUGUGCACUUUUUAAAAAUUAGGUUUUCAUUUCAGUAUGUAAGAACAAAUAUUUUGUAUAUUUUCAAACUCAAUUAUAUGGUAAUCGAUUUGGUAUCUAUGGAAUAGAUAUAUGUUUCUGGGAAAAAAUGCUUAAAUUGUCAAACUGUCAUUACUUCUUACCAUAAUUGAAAGCAUUCUCCAGAUUCUUUUUUUUUUUAAAGAUUUGUUCAUAUUCUCUCUCUCUCUCUGAAGAGGAGGGAGGGAGCCUUGCAAACUUCAGAUCUUGUGGGUUUAUUAUCAUUGUCUCUAGCUCUUCGGUACCCUCUGUGUUAGAGUAAUAGCUAAAGGAAGUUCAUGUCAAUAAAUUCGUACUUAUAUCAAA